UCCCUCCUCCCCCCGGUGCAGUAUACCAAGUAUUUGGAGGGCCACACGGCAGCGGGGGUGCGCAGCGUCUUCCAGCGUGCCUGCGGCUACCACUUGCCCCGCAAGCCCAACAUCCACCUCCUCUGGGCGGCCUUCGAGGAGAAGCAAGGGAACCUGGAUGAGGCACGGCGCAUCCUGCGCUGCUUCGAGGAGGCGGUGCCAGGGCUGGCCAUGGUGAGGCUGAGGCGCGUCAGCCUGGAGCGGCGGCAGGGCAACCUGGCAGAGGCAGAGGCGCUGCUGCUGGAGGCCGUGCGAGCCAACGAGGGGCUGCCGCUGGCCUCCUUCUAUGCCGUGAAGCUGGCCCGCCAUGUCUGCAAGGUGCAGCGCGACCUGGGCAAGGCUCGCCAGGUGCUGGUGGGCGCCCUUGAGAAGGACCCGGAGAACGCGCGGCUGCACGCCAACCUGCUGGAGAUGGAGUUCGGGGCUGAUGUGCGGCAGAACGAGGGCAACACCAUGAGCUGCUUCGAGCGAGCGCUGCGCAGCCCCCUGCCCGACGAGGCCAAGCUGCUCUUCUCCCAGCGCCGCGUCGAGUUCCUCGAGGACUUCGGCUCCAGCAUCCACAGGUAUGGGGCGGGGGGAAUCCUGAAAAGGGGGGGGACACCCCAAAAAGGGGGAGAAAGCACCCCAGAAAAGGGAAAGCCCUAUAAAAAGUGGGGAAACCCUAAAGAAUGGGGAAAGCCUAUAAAAAUGGGGAAAAACUAUAAAAAUGGGAAAAUCCUAAAAAAUGGGGAAACCCUAAAGAAUAGGGAAACCCUAUAAAAAAUGGGGAAAGCCUA